UGACUGAAGUCAUACAACAUCUAUCAUCUCUGAACAUGUCUAGAGUCCAGUGUGCUAGAAAAGAAAACCUGGCCGUUUCUUUCCAAGACCUUUGUCAGAUCUAUUCAAGUUUCCAGGAGUUGUCCAGAGCCAGCUGUAGGACUAAAUAGACCCGUCCAACACCUGGGAAUAUCUAGCAGGACUCCUUUGGCAGGACAAACACAGGAAUCCUGGACACAUCCUGCCAGACUUGGUGCCGAAAGGAUGUCUGAUUUUUUUUGUGUGUGAUGCUGAAACUGUCAGACUUUAGAAGUUGCACAAGAUUUGCCACAAAGACGCUUCGACGAGACACCUGCUUAAAGGAAGUGAAGAUGGAGUUCAGCAGCUGCAGUAAAGUGGGCAUGGAUUACCCUCUGAGUGAGGAGAUAAUGAAUUACUUAGAACUUUCUCCAAACACAACACACGAACCCUGCAAGCACAUCAAAAUUAUAGAGCAGCCAAGACAGAGAGGGUUUCGUUUCCGGUACGGGUGUGAAGGCCCGACUCACGGAGGUGUGCAAGGAGCCUCCAGUGAGAAGAACAAGAAGACGUUCCCAGCAGUGGAGAUCUGCAACUACACUGGACCGGCGAGGGUGGUUGUCCAGUGCGUGACUGUGGACGACCCCCCCCUCCUGCAUGUGCACAGCCUGGUCGGCAAGCAGUGUGAGAACGGGAUGUGUGUCGUGGGCGUCAGCGGCCCCGACAUGACCGUCAGUUUUCCCAACCUGGGAAUCCUGCACGUCCCGAGGAGGAGUGUUGUGGACAUUCUGGAGGAGCGCCUGGUGCAGGGCUGGCGAAGGGAACACUGCAAGGAGCUCCAGCACAGGGAUCCCACGGACAGGGAGCGCGACCGGCUGCACAGGGCGGCACAGCAGUGCGCCAGAGCCCUGGACCUCACGGUGGUGCGCCUGAUGUUCACCGUCUACCUGCCGGACAACAACGGGAACUUCGUGCAGGCGCUGCAGCCGGCCGUGUCUAGCCCGAUCUACGACAGCAAGGCUCCUAAUGCAUCCAGUCUGAAGAUCGUACGAAUGGACAGGACCUCCGGCUCAGCAGCAGGGGGUGAAGAAGUCUUUCUGCUCUGUGACAAAGUCCAGAAAGAUGACAUUCAGGUGCGGUUCUACCAGGAGAAUGACGAUGGGACCUGCUGGGAAGCCUUUGGAAAGUUUGGCCCUACAGACGUGCAUAGGCAGUAUGCUAUUGUUUUCAAAACGCCCAGGUACUUCGACCCUUACAUCACCCAGCCAACCUCUGUGUUUGUGCACCUGCGCCGGAGAUCCGAUGGAGAAACCAGUGAGGCCAAACCUUUCAUUUACUUCCCGCAGAAGACAGGCAAGGAGCGAUCCCAUCGCAAGAGAAAGAAUCCUGACACAGCAGAGCACGACCGGUCCAGAGUCAGCAAUGGACACCUGCAAGGCUACUACUGCAGCAUCCCUGACUUCACCUACACACCCGCGGUAACCGGAGAUUAAACCUGGAAAGGAGGGUCCACUGGUUGUGCUGGACCUGCCUUCCCCUGCGUCCACCACAGCAGUUUCGGAUCUAACCAGCUUCCUGACGACGGGAUGGACGUCGGGAUGGACAGGACUCUGCUGUUAGUGCCGCAGAAUCACACGCCGCCUGUACUUCCCAUUUCUCCUUUCAUGUUUCUUCCUGUUAAGAUCAUUCCUGGUUUUCAGUUGCAUGUGGGGAAUGUCUAAUAAAGGGCCAGAGACAGUC